CGCAGGCUGUCAAAAAUCGCGCUUUGACAAGAACCAACUAGUUUCCUACGCAAGCCUCAUCGCCAAGUCAUACACCAUCAUGAGCGACAAAGCCUCGUCCCCGAAGAAGUCACCAAAGUCUCCUUCGUCAGGAGCAAGUGAGGUUGUGCUGCAUGACGCUGGGCACUGGGCUGCCUUGGCACAGGAUGAACAGGAUGAAGAUACUGAUUCUUCACUUGGGGUCGAUACAGAGUCAUCAACGGCUUCGAUGACGUCGAGUAUCCUGAACUAUAGAACUAUCAAAGGACGGACCUAUCACUCUGAGAGGGGAAAUGCCGAAUAUUGGGCAUCCAAUGAUGCUCAGCAGAAUGAGGCGAUGGAUAUUAUCCACCAUUUUCUGGUCCUCACACUAGAUGGUAAACUUCACCUGGCACCAUUGAAGGACGAUAUCAAGUCUGUCCUUGAUGUGGGCACUGGAACAGGAAUCUGGGCAAUUGACUUUGCCGAUGAGCAUCCCCAAGCCGAAGUGAUCGGCACCGACAUAUCUCCCAUCCAACCAAGCUGGGUCCCCCCCAACGUGAAGUUUGAGAUCGAAGACUGUACUCAACCAUGGACCUUCUCUCCCGACUCAUUCGACUUUGUUUACAUGCGAUAUCUCUACGGUUCCAUCAGCGACUGGUCAGCUUUAUUCCAAGAGGCCUUCCGAUCAUGUAAGCCAGGCGGUUGGGUUGAGAGCUUUGAAGCGUCGCCUUGUCUUGAGAGUGAUGAUGAUACUGUCAAGGACGGUAGCGCGAUGAGUGAAUGGGGCAAGUUCUUUAUCGAAGGUGGCAAGAGACUUGGUAGAACUUUUACCAUUCUUGAUGAUGAUUUACAGAAGCAGGGAAUGGAAGAUGCAGGGUUCACGGAUAUCCAGACUCGGGAUUUCAAGCUUCCUAUCGGUAGCUGGCCCAAAGAUCCCAAGAUGCAAGAAAUCGGAAACUUUGCGUUUGCUGCCAUGGAUCAAGAUCUGGAGGGCUUUGUUUUGUACAUGGCGAGCGUCGUGUUAGGAUGGUCGCAGGAUGAAGUCACGGUUUAUUGCUCGCAGCUUCGAAGGGAAUUGAGGUCGGGCAAGUAUCAUCCUUACUGUCGACUGAGGCUUGUGUAUGGAAAGAAGCCGGAGUAAGCGAACUUGUACAUGUACUGCAUUGGGUUGGAAGCGUCUGUUAGUAUAUUAGAAGUGGCUUCUGAUGCUUGGGUGUCUGAGCACGGUCACGGGAUAAGGUGUAGGUGAAGUUUAACUGGUGUUCCAAGUCAUGUAUUGCUCGUCACACCAGCUGUCAAUACCAUUUCGCACUCAUAGCUUCAUCUCAGUCGCCG